CAACUGACCGAUUCGGCCGCAGAAAGUAAAGCCGACAAGGGGAAAGAGACAAUUCACGGAGAAAAGAAAGUCCCCUGCUGCAUACACCGCAGGGAUGGCAUCCAUCAACGACCUCGCCACGGCCGCCAUUGCGAGCUCGUCGGCGGCCGCCACUUCGGCUGCCGAGGGCGGCGCUGGAGAGGCUGCGACGACCCGGGGCACUUUUGUCGUCCUUGAGGGGUUGGAUCGCAGCGGAAAGACGACGCAGGUCAAGUUGCUGGAGCAGCGCUUCGUCGAGGAGGGGAGGCCUGUCAAGGUUAUGAGGUUCCCGGACCGUUCAACCCCAAUUGGGCAGAUGAUCGAUGCCUACCUCAAGAGCGACGUUGAGAUGGAUGACCAUGUCAUUCAUCUUCUCUUCAGCGCCAACCGCUGGGAAGCUGUCACCCAAAUCCAGACCCUUCUAGCCUCCGGCACCACCAUUCUGUGUGACCGUUACUACCACUCCGGCAUCGUCUACUCGGCUGCCAAGCAGAACCCUUCCCUGAGCCUCUCCUGGGCGCGGGCACCGGAGCGUGGCCUACCCCGCCCGGACCUGGUGCUGUUCCUGGACCUAGACGAGUCGCAGGCCAAGGCCCGCGGCGGCUGGGGCGGCGAGCUGUACGAGAAGGCCGAGAUCCAGAAGCGCGUGCGCGAGCUGUUCUGGGGCCUGAGCAUGGGCGGCAAGGACAUGCAGGCGGAGGGCUUGGUGGAGGGCGCGGGCGGCUUGGAGGGCGCGCAGUGGAAGCAGGAGGAGGAAGACUUGGUGGUUGUGGAUGCGGGCGGUAGUGUGGAGGAGGUCGCCGAGGCCAUCUGGGGCAAGGUCAAGGGACGGGUUGAGCUGGUUGAGAAGGGUGAGGUGGGCAAGAGUGUGAGGACGGUGCGGUGAUGCUUGGAGGUGUUGAAGCCGUAAGGGGAUGACAUGGGAUCGACUGAGGAGU